AUGCUUGAAGCAGUACUCCGUCGAAGCCUUCAUGUUGUACGAGGCCUAGGUUCCCCAAUUUCUUUUCGGCUUCGACUGCAGGAGAAAAGGCCGAGUCGAUUGUUGAGUUUUUGGGUGCGCCACAUCGAUGUGAAAAAGGUUCCCCAAAUUCUUCUCAUUCACCAGAGCCGAAGACCGAAAAGGUACUGGGUUGGGAGUUGUUGCCGGCUUCCCUCCUCUUUCCUCUCGUCUUCGGCUUCAAAAGGGGAGAGGGGAAAUGUGGGGAGGGGGGGAAAUGCGAGACAGAGGGUUAUGUUUUGGGAUCCCUUGAAACCCUUUUUUCCGAAUUUCGAAGAAGAAAUAAAGAGGAAGAAAUGGGUGUUGAAUUCUAGGACAAAAGGUUGUAUCAAGAAGAGUUGUAGAAGAACAGAAUUAAGAACAAAGCGCAAUAUGGGAAGACCUCCUUGCUGUGAUAAAAUGGGAGUGAAAAAGGGGCCAUGGACUCCUGAAGAAGACAUAAUGCUGGUUUCUUAUGUUCAAGAACAUGGCCCCGGAAAUUGGAGGGCUGUUCCAACAAUUACGGGUCUGAGAAGAUGCAGUAAAAGUUGCAGGCUAAGGUGGGCUAAUUAUCUCCGGCCGGGGAUCAAGAGGGGUAACUUCACUGAUCAUGAAGAGAAAAUGAUUAUUCAGCUACAAGCUCUUUUGGGUAACAAAUGGGCAGCCAUAGCAUCUUACCUUCCUGAAAGAACAGAUAAUGACAUUAAAAACUAUUGGAAUAUCCAUUUGAAAAAGAAACUGAAAAAGCUUCAAUCACCUCCUGAAAUCCAUAACCGAUUCUCAUCACCUUCACACUCAAUUUCAAAAGGCCAAUGGGAAAGGAGGCUUCAAGGUGAUAUCAACACAGCCAAACAGGCCCUUGAGGAUGCAAUGUCACAACAAAACACAAUCCAAAUACUCGAAUUGAAACCUGAUUUAGUACCCGAGUCGAAGCCCCAAGGAUUCACGUAUGCAUCUAGCAUUGAAAACAUAGCCAGAUUGCUUAAAGAUUGGUUGCCAAAUACGCCGAAAUCUGAACAAUCCAUUUCUUCGAAUUCAAUCAACAAUCUAACGUCGUUUGAGAGUUCUUCGACUUCGGGGUUUUCGAGAUCUGAUUCUCCUGAGGCUAGCUUUGUUCAAGGUGAAAGCAAACCUGAACCGAUUGCACUUGCCCCGUUAUCAAUGUUAGAGAAUUGGUUGCUUGAUGAGAGUACAAUUCCCGGGAAAGAAUAUUUGACUGAUCUCUUAUUUGAUUAG